GCUGCUCCUGGCCGCGAUGCCGCCCCUCUGUCCGGGCCUCAACGUGUGCACGCGGGGCAGUGCCUCGUCCUGUGAGGAGUGUCUGCUGCUCCACCCUCACUGCGCCUGGUGCUCCAAAGAGGACUACGGCGGACCCCAGUCGGAGCUGCCACGCUGUGAUCUGCGAGAGAAUCUGGCCCGGGGCAGUUGUGGCGGGGAGCUGGAGGGCCCCCGCACGAGCGUCCACGUCCUUCAGGACCAGCCCCUCAGCACCAGGGCCUCCGGACACGCCCUGGACCAGCUCACCCAGAUCAACCCGCAGAAGAUCGCCGUGGACCUCAGGCCGGGCGAGGCGGCGCGGGUCCGGGUUCAGGUGCGCCCGGUGGAGGACUACCCGCUGGACCUCUACUACCUGAUGGACCUGUCGCUGUCCAUGAAGGACGACCUGGACGCCAUCCGCCACCUGGGCACCCGGCUGGCUCAGGAGAUGCGCUCGCUCACCAGAAACUUCCGCCUCGGCUUCGGCUCCUUCGUGGACAAGAGCACGUCGCCCUUCUCCUACACGGCUCCGCGCUACCGGGACAACCCCUGCAUCGGGUACAAGCUGUUCCCCAGCUGCGUCCCGGCCUUCGGCUUCCGGCACCUCCUGGCCCUCACGGACGAGGUCGGACGCUUCAACGAGGAGGUGCAGAAGCAGAGAGUUUCCCGGAACCGGGACGCGCCCGAGGGCGGCUUCGACGCCAUCCUGCAGGCAGCCGUGUGCACGGACAAGGUGGGCUGGCGGAAGGAGGCCCUGCACCUGCUGGUGUUCACAACGGACGACGUGCCCCACAUCGCCCUGGACGGCAAGCUCGGGGGGCUCGUCCAGCCACACGACGGCCGCUGCCACCUGGACCAGGCCAACGAGUACAGUGCCACCAACCAGAUGGAUUACCCAUCCCUGGCCCUGCUGGGUGAAAAGCUGGCGGAGAACAACAUCCACCUGAUCUUCGCCGUGACCAAGAACCAUUACAUGUUGUACAAGAACUUCACGGCCUUGAUCCCCGGGACUACGGUGGAGAUCUUGCACGGAGACUCCAGGAACAUCAUCCAGCUCAUCGUCAACGCCUACAACGGCAUCCGGUCCAAGGUGGAGCUGGAGGCGUGGGACGUCCCCGAGGACCUGGACCUGACCUACACGGCCAUCUGCCAGGAUGGCGUGGCCCAACCCGGACAGAGGAAGUGCCGGGACCUCAAGAUCGGAGACACGGUGGCGUUCGAAGUGUCGCUGGAGGCCCGCGGAUGCCCGGCCCCGGGGAGCCCGGCCCGCAGGUUGGCACUGAAGCCGGUGGGUUUCCGGGACACGCUGGACCUGCUGGUCACCUACAACUGCAGCUGCGCCUGCAGCGCCCGCGCCGAGCCCGCCAGCGCCCGAUGCAGCCGCGUUGGCACCUACUCCUGCGGGGCCUGCGCCUGCGGGCCAGGCCGCAUGGGUGCCCGCUGCCAGUGCCAGGAGGGCGAGGGCGAGGAGGGCGGAGAGGCCCCGUGCCGCGAGGCGGAGGGCCGGCCCCUGUGCAGCGGGCGCGGGGAGUGCGUCUGCCAGCGCUGCCUCUGCUACCACAGCGACUUCGGCCGCAUCUACGGGCCCUUCUGCCAGUGCGAUGACUUCUCCUGCGCCCGCAGCCGAGGCCUGCUCUGCUCAGGUCAUGGGGACUGCCACUGCGGGGAGUGCCAGUGCCACGCCGGCUUCGUGGGCGACAACUGCAACUGUACGACGGAGACGGAGACAUGCGUGUCCGGCGACGGGCAGCUGUGCAGCGGCCGUGGGCACUGCGUGUGCGGGCAAUGCCAGUGCACGGAGCCCGGGGCCUUCGGAGACACAUGCGAGAGGUGCCCCACCUGCCCGGACGCCUGUGGCACCAAGAGGGGCUGCGUGGAGUGUUUGAUGCAGCUGCCGCCGGCCGGCUCCGAGCGGGCGUCCAUCAACGAGACCUGCCAGAAGCACUGUAAGGACGCAGUGGUGACCCGCGUGGACGCCGUCCGCCUGGAUGUGCCGGACACGGUGACCUGCUUCUUCAAGACGGCCCAGGACUGCGUCGUGACUUUCGCCUACUCGGAGCUGCCCGGGGCCAAGGCGACCCUCACGGUGCUCAAGGAGCCAGAUUGCGGCUCGGCGCCCGGCACGCUGACCAUCCUGCUGGCCGUGGGGGGCUCCGUCCUGCUGGUGGGCCUGGCCCUGCUCGCCCUCUGGAAGAUGCUGGUCACCAUCCACGACCGCCGCGAAUUCGCCCGCUUCCAGAGCGAGCGGGCCAGGGCUCGCUUCGAGACGGCCACCAACCCUCUUUACCGCAAGCCCGUGUCUACUCACAGCGUCGAAUGGACCUUCAGCAAGCUCAGCCGCAGCCACAACGGCACGGUGGACUGACGGCCCGGCCCGGCGCCGGACGCGCUCGCUUCGGUCGCUCCCCUUCCCGCCCCCCGCCCUGCCUCCUGGCAGCGGUCCCCGGGUUGGGGGGGGGACGCGAGGCGAUGGCCAGCCCCGCGGGAGGUCUCGUGGACACCUCGACGCCCGUGAACUGGUGCGGGAGGCCCGCCCUCGCCGCGGUCGCCGCUCCCCCUCCAUCCCGCAGCCUUCCCCCAGAGACAAGACGUUCCCGCCCCCCUCUCAGGGCGGGACGGUGCCCGGCGUCCCGGGGCAGGGCGGGCUUGGUCUGGGGGGAAAUGCUAAGAUUAAAGUCAGCAGAACCAAGCCCCAGAGUGCACAGCUGGGGGAGG